AUGGGGCAAAGCAAAUCAAAGCAAAAUGUGGCUUCUACUGAUCACCGAAAUCAUUACACAAACAAGGUCUUCCUGAGUUUCCGAGGCGAGGAUACGCGCUAUGAUUUUACAGAUCAUUUGUACAACGCUUUGUGUCUGAGGGGAAUUAAGACCUUCAGAGAUGAUAAGCUUAGCAGAGGAGAAGACAUAUCACAAGAGCUCCUCAAAGCAAUUGAGGAGUCCAGAGUUUCAAUCGUCGUCUUCUCUCAAAAUUAUGCUUCCUCAAGGUGGUGCUUAGACGAACUGGUCAAGAUACUUGACUGCAGAAAAUCCAAAGGACAGAAGUUUAGAGCAGUUUUCUACAAGGUGGCUCCCUCAGAUGUAAGACACCAAACAGGUGCUUUCGGUGAUGCAUUUGCUACGCUUGAUCAAUGCAAAUACAAGGAUAGCAUCGGCAAAUGGAGGAAGGCUCUUGACGCAUGUGCUACGCUUAAUCAAUGCAAGUACAAGGAUAGCAUCGGCAAAUGGAGGAAGGCUCUUGAGGAAGCAGCAAAUUUGUCUGGAUGGACUUUCGAGGAGGGCCGGUACGAGACUGAAUUUAUCGAGGAAAUUGUUGAGGAUUUGUUCGCCCAAAGUCUUGUAGAGAAGAGGUCAACAAACUUUUAG